UCGCAGCCUUGCAGCCUUGCAGCCUUGCAGCCUUGCAGCGCCGUGCUGGGACCCAUGUGAGCAGGCUGAUGCCCGCAGGAGCGUUCUCGAGGCUCGGGGAGGAUGAGUCCAGCCGUGGAGGCUCAGGCCCAGGAGGCCAUGGAUGCAGAGCAGAAGCAGCAGCAGCAUAACCAGCUGCAGAACCAGCUGCAGCAGAACCAGCUGCAGAACCAGCUGCAGAACCAGCAGUGCUGCAUGGACAAGGGGGUGAUGCUCGAGCCCUUCGUGCACCAGGUGGGGGGCCACUCCUGCGUGCUGCGCUUCGGGGAGCAGACCAUCUGCAAGCCCCUCAUCCCCCGGGAGCACCAGUUCUACAAGAGCCUGCCCACAGCCAUGAGGAAGUUCACCCCCCAGUACAGAGGGGUGGUAUCGGUGAGCUUUGAGGAGGACGAUGAGGGGAACCUCUGCCUGAUCGCCUACCCCCUGCACAGCGACCCCGCGGCAGACCUGGAGAACAAGGAGCGCUCUGCAGACCGUGAGACGGCCAUGCUGAAGUGGGGGAAGAUGCUGGCGUCCUCGCUGCUCACUGACAGUGAAAAUCACAGCAAAGAUGGCCGAAGUCGCCACUCUUACAUGGACAAGAGUGCUACCGAGCUGCAGGAGGACAUGGACCUGGAGUGGCUGCAGCAGGAUGAGGUGCUGCACUACCGGCUGGAGCGCGGCCACAGCAACGCCGUCCCACAGCUCACGCACAACCCCUGGAGCCUCAAGUGUCACCAGCAGCACCUGCAGCGGAUGAAGGAGAACGCCAAGCACCGCAAUCAAUACAAGUUCAUUCUCCUGGAGAACCUGACGUGGCGCCACGCCGUGCCUUGUGUGCUGGACCUGAAGAUGGGCACGAGGCAGCACGGAGACGACGCCUCGGAGGAGAAGAAGGCCAUGCAGAUCCGCAAGUGCCAGCAGAGCACGUCGGCCUCCAUAGGAGUCCGCCUCUGCGGCAUGCAGGUGUACCACUCUGACACCGGCCAGCUGGUAUUCAUGAACAAGUACCACGGGCGUAAGCUGACGCUGCCGGGCUUCAAGGAGGCUCUGUACCAGUUCUUCCACAACGGGGGGCGUCUGCGGCAGGAGCUGCUGUCCCCGGUGCUGGGCCGGCUCAGGGACAUGCAGGCGGCGCUGGAGGCCUGCGAGUCCUACCGCUUCUACUCCAGCUCCCUGCUCAUCAUCUACGACGGAGCGCCGCACAGGAAGCACACGCGCCGACGCACCGACGACGGCGGCCUCUCCGAGGACGAGGAGGACGAGGACGAGGAGGUGGAUGCCGAGCCUGAAAUGGAGGAGGAGGAGGAGGAGGAGGAAGGUGAAGAGGCAGGUGCACUCGGCUUCCCACACACCUCGUCGGCGUCGAGCGAUGGCAGCAAGAGCUGCUCCAGCAGCAGCAGCGGGAGCAGCAGCAGCGGGAGCGGCGGGAGCUCGGGGAUCAGCCACCGGCCCCACGCAGACCCCCCCAGCCCGGCCGUGGAUGUGAGGAUGAUUGACUUUGCCCACACCACCUGCAGAUACUACCACGAGGACAGCGUCGUACACGAAGGCAAGGACAGUGGAUACAUCUUUGGCCUCCAGAACCUGAUUACCAUCAUCUCCGAGCUGGAGAACCACAGCACAGACUAAAAAAACAGACAUGAUGUACAAGCAUCCGAGCACAGCGGCAUAAUGACCCGCUCUCUGACCCUUUGGAAGGACAGGGAGGAGAGAUAUUUCUCCUCACUUCUUUAAAACUGUCCCCCCUUUCUACCGGACCCUCGUCCUGUUCUGGCCUUCGGUGCUAGUCGAUGUUGUUCUUGUGCUUUUGUCUUUUGUCGGGACGUGAAUCGGACCCGCGGGGAACUCGGAGGAGCAUCUGUGUGAAUAAUGCAGUGAUUUACCUAGUGUCAUCGUCCCGUUUUAACCCCCACCCCCCUAACCACUGAGACGAAGGACGGGCAGGAAAUAAAAGCAGUUUGAAGUUUGACACGGAGAACGUUUCCCUCGCGCCUGAUUUCCAAAGUGUGGUUUUGCACACGGCGAUUCGGCGAGCGCCGCAUGACUUUCUGCAGAGUGCAGGUUUGGACUGACACGUCUGAGGGAGCAGGAGACGAGCUGAGAGGAUGAGGAGACGGAGUCGGGGUCACAUUCUCGUUGACCAGCUGCUUUGAUCUACUGUAGAUCCCAGAGAGAUGGAAAAGAUAUAUUUAUUUUUUAAACGCGUUUCAUAAAAUGAACUGAAAGGUCAAAAGACUGUGGAUGGAGAGAGAGUACAUUCCAUAUUAUUAAUGUUACAAUAAUGAUAUGAAUUAAUAUUAUUAUUCGACAUGUUUGGAUACUCUGUCAUGUUUAUUUGUGUUGUCCACAGUUUGUUGUGGGGCAAUUAAAAACUUUGUUGUAACAGCAGUG